AUGAGUACUGAUAUUAUCAACAGUAACAAAGAGCCUACCAAAGUUGAAGAUUCAAAACCUAUAAGAUCUAGACCAUCCGAUGACAGUAAAAACAAGUUUGAUAUAAACACUCAAUCAGAUAAUGAUUUGUCAUCCCUUGAAAGUGAUCAAUUAGCUAAAAACCCAUUUUUGGAUCCUAAAGUUGCUGAAUAUUAUGGUAAUUUAUAUAAAUCAAGUAACUAUGAAAGUUAUUCUGCAUUUGAUCCUCAUUUUGAAUGGACUAAAGAAGAAGAGAAGAAAGUUGUUAAAAAAAUUAAUAUUAGAGUUGCUUUAACUGCUUGUAUUUUAUUUGUUAGUUUACAAGUUCCAAGAGGUAAUCUUAGUCAUGCAGUACUGGAUAAUUUAUUGGAUGAUUUAAAUUUAACUACAAAUGAUUAUAAUUUAGGUAAUACCAUCUUUAGAGUUUCAUUCUUAUUAGCUGAAAUUCCUUCACAAUUGAUUUCUAAAGCUUUAGGUCCAGAUAUUUUUAUCCCAGUACAAAUUUGUGCUUGGAGUAUUGUCGCAAUGUGUCAAUCUGCAUUAAGUGGUAAAACUUCAUUUUUAAUUUGUCGUGUAUUAAUUGGUGCUAUUGAAGGUGGGUUUAUUGCUGAUUUGGUAUUAUGGUUAAGUUAUUUUUUCACUAGUUCUGAAUUACCUGUUAGAUUAUCUUGGUUCUGGACUACAUUGUCUUUAGUACAAGUAGGUACUUCAUUAUUAGCAUUUGGUGUUUUACGCAUGAGAGGACUCGCAGGUAUGGCUGGUUGGAGAUGGUUAUUUUUACUUGAAGGGAUUUUCACUUUAAUCAUUGGUGUUGCAGGAUUCUAUCUUAUGGUUCCAUCAGCAGUUCAAACUAAAAAUUGGAUGCAUCCAAAGGGGUGGUUUACUGAACGUGAAGAGAAAAUUGUUGUCAAUAGAGUUUUAAGAGAUGAUCCAACCAAGGGAUCAAUGAACAACAGACAAGGGUUGACAGUUAAACAAAUCAUUCAAAGUUUUCAAGAUGUUGAUAUUUUCCCAAUUAUGGCAAUUGGACUCAUUGCUUAUAUUGGUACUGGUACUUUUGGAUCUUAUUUUGUAUUAUUGACACGUCAAAUUGGAUUUUCAACAUUUGAUACGAAUCUUUUAAUGAUUCCACCUCAAGUAUUACAUAUUGUUUUCUUAUUACUUAUUACUUGGUUUUCAGAAUAUGUCGGUGAGAAAAGUUUUGUUUGUUUAAUUGCACCAUUUUAUGCAGCCAUUGUCAUGGGUGUUAUUAGAUGGUGGCCAGGAAGUGGUAGGGAGAUUUGGCCAACUUAUAUUUUAAAUAUGUUAUAUUCUGGUCAACCUUAUAUCCAUGCUAUUUGUGUUGCUUGGGUUUCAAGAAAUUCCAAUGGGGUAAGAACAAGAUCUAUAAGUUCUGCUUUAUACAACAUGUCUGUUCAAUUGGGAAAUAUUAUUGCUCAAAAUAUUUACAGACAAGAUGAUUUACCAUUAUACCGUAGAGGUAAUACCCAAUUGUUUAUUUUGGAAUUGGCUACAAUUCCUGUGAUUUUGCUUGCUAAGGCUUAUUAUGUGUUCAAAAAUAGAAGAAGAGAUAAAAUCUGGAACGCUAUGACUGAAGAAGAGAAAGAGGAUUAUAGGAAUAACACCAAAGAUGAAGGAACAAGAAGAAAAGAUUUCAGAUUUGCUCAUUGA